AUGGAUUUCAUUAAUAUCUCCAGCCUGGAUGACGGGUUAGAGGCAGGCAACAUCUCCUCUAAUUCCACCUCUGAGUACACCCUGGUCGCUAUCUGGGGUCUUGCUGGACUCGUCAGCUUUCUGAUUUUGUUUACAAUAGUAGGGAACGUCUUGGUUGUUAUCGCCGUUUUGACGAGCAGAGCUCUAAAACCACCCCAGAACCUCUUCCUCGUCUCCCUGGCCAGUGCGGACAUACUGGUAGCCACUCUGGUCAUGCCCUUUUCAUUGGCAAAUGAACUCAUGGGCUUCUGGUUUUUUGGCAAAAUUUGGUGUGACAUCUAUCUAGCUCUGGAUGUUUUGUUCUGCACCUCUUCUAUUGUUCACCUGUGUGCUAUUAGUUUGGACAGGUACUGGUCUGUGACACAGGCUGUAGAGUACAACUUAAAGAGAACACCUAAACGAGUUAAAGGCAUGAUUGUUGUGGUCUGGUUGAUCUCAGCCAUAAUCUCCUUCCCUCCUCUGAUAUCAAUGGACAGGAGCAGCAGUAAGGCCAGUUCCCAGUGUAUCCUGAAUGAUGAGACCUGGUACAUCCUGUACUCCAGCAUAGGAUCAUUCUUUGCCCCCUGUGUUAUUAUGAUCCUGGUCUAUAUUCGGAUCUACCAAGUGGCAAAAACCAGGACCAGAACAUUGUCAGAGAAGAAAAGGGAUGUGGAUUCACCACUGGAGAAUGGAAUGGACCAAGCUGAACCAGGCACAGGUGGGUCUUUAAAAUCCAACAAGGGCGGGAGCAUGAAAAACCAGGAACGGGAGAAUGGGCACUGCCAUGAGCAAACAGUUCGAACCCCCCUACCAAAUGAGCCAAAACACCCAACUGACCAUGAUGAUGACUUUGAAGAUAGCAGCUCAUCAGACGAGAAACUUAAAAAAAGUACCAGCUCCUCAAAACAUCACCAUCAAGACAGAAAAGACAGAAAGUCCAGCCGGAAGAGCAGCUCCGCCUCUAAAUAUUCCAGCAGGAAGUCUCGUGCCAGUUCCAAAUCCAUGGAGCUGUUUUCAUCUCGCCGUAAACGUCGCAGCACUGUCAAUCGGAAGAAAGUCUCAGCUGCUCGGGAGAAACGCUUCACCUUCGUACUUGCCGUGGUCAUGGGCGUAUUUGUUGUUUGCUGGUUCCCAUUCUUCUUCUCCUACAGCCUGUAUGGAAUCUGCCGUAAACCGUGUGAGAUCCCUGAGACACUUUUCAAGUUCUUUUUCUGGAUUGGCUACUGCAACAGCUCACUAAACCCAGUAAUUUACACCAUCUUCAACCAAGACUUCCGCAGAGCCUUCCAGAAAAUCCUUUGUAAAUCAUGGAAACGUUCUUUUUGAAGGAUACGGCAUGGCUGGGUAUGACAUCUUUACCCCGCAGGCAGAAAGUUACACUGUUAUGAACUGUCUGAUAAUGUGCUGGCCUGGGGGCUUUCACAUCUUUACUUUCAGGGACUGCAUUAGAAAUGAUGGGAUGAUUAAAAGACUGAGCAAAUACACAAAGAAGGGGCUUAAACUGCAGAUUCUCUGAUAAUCUUCAUAGAGGAGGAUCAUUUGAUGACUUUU